AUGCCCGCCCCAGAACAUCUGAUGCCCUCGGAUUGUGGAAUCCAACCCCGACAGAGCACAGCGCCUAUAUAUGUCCACACCUUCAACCCACGCCUGCGAACCCCGAUGUUUCCGUACCGCAUCCGCAGGAUCGGACUCACACCUCCCCUUGCGCAGAACAUCCUGGCCCUCCUCUGCCUCCUGCUGCAUGCCGGCCUCUCGGGUGGCAACCACGUGGUGAUCGGAGGCAUAGGGUACAAAGUCUUCUCCGGCACGGUCAGCCCCACCGGCACCUUCGACAUCACCUCCCCGUGGCAGCAGAACGUCGACCACGUCGUCUCCUUCCUCCAGCAGCACGGAUGUCUCCUCGUCCAACCCUCCACAUACCCCUGCUCGUACUCUGGGUGUGACUAUUACAGCGUCAUGCAGCUUCCCAACAGCAGCUACCUGGACCCGUGGAUCGUCGACGUCAGCGACCCAAACGUUGGCUUCGUCUACAUCAAGGGGGGCUGCUACCCCUGCUCCCAGUCAUGCAACGGCACCGAAGUCUACCAGAACGCCACCUGCUCCUCUACCUCCGACAUAUCCUGCAGCCCCUGCACCCAAUGCCCCAACGGCACAUUCGAGACCUCGCCAUGCGGAGGCGGCAACGGCACCACCGACCGCGCCUGCAAGACCUGCACCGAGUGCGGCCCCAGCGAGUAUGAGGUCUCUCCCUGCAACACCACACACGACCGCGUCUGCAGGGCCUGCGAGCUUGGGUACUACUGCUACAAGGCCAACAAGUACCCAUGCCCCCAGAACUCCGUGCCUGUCCAGAAUGGCGUCGGCGUCGACGCGUGCCUCUGCAACCAGGGCCUCUACCGCUUCAACCCAAGCACCUGCUCGGUCUGCCCGGACAAGACCGCAUGCCCCGACCUCUGCCCCGGAUUCUGA